GAGCUGGAUUUUCCUUUACAACUAAAACUACUUAAAAGUCAUUCAGCAAACUAAUAAUUCUUGAGGUUUAGUCAGCUGAGUAGGAUACAUAGAAUAUAUGUACAGCCAUUAAUGUCUAGUGAGCUGUUAGAAGAGCUGUUUGCUUGUGGGGAGGUCCAGUCUAAGUACAGUAGGUACUCUAUGUUAGUAGCCUAACUAAUAUUGAAAACUUCCAGAACUGGUAAGUCUUUCUUUUUCUGGAUCAAAAUUUGUAUAUGUUUAUGGGAAUAACAAUGCUGAUAUAUUUGAAAAAAUGUGUGUUUUUAUGAGCAAUAACAAGAUAUCAUCAAAAUGAUGAAUUUAGGUAGCUGACUGCAUUCAAAAUGAUUGUUUCUUAUGUCUUAUCAUUUAAGAGUUAUUAACCCUGCCACAUUUAAGUGAACUGGAAAAAGCUAAUUAAUAUGUUGAAAACUUAAGCAAACUUAAAGCACAUCAAAGCCUACAUAUUUUAAACUCAAAUCUUAAUGUUAAACAAACAAACACAAAUGUAAUUUCCAUGUUGUCCUCUUCAUAGCUCACUGGCCUGAUUAUGACAAUGAAAACUGAAGAUAUUUAUAAUGUCAGCUCACUGCCUCCUAUCCUAGACUCAUACACAUCAGCACAGUGUCCCGAAAAGGCAGCCGGUCAGAGGCAGAGGAGACAACAAGGCCCCAGCAGAACAGGCAAGAUGCCGAUGGAGAUGACUUCUGCUCAUGCUGAGGAUUCUGAUCAAAUGCUUGAGAGAAAACGAAAAGCUCUUCUAGAUCAGCGCCAUCUGAAGACAUACUACAGACUACAGCGUAUGAAAGACCUGCUUUCACACCAGCAUGCUACACUACUGAGGGAAAAAGUUCAAAGACAAAGACAAGAGAUGAAGCACCAUGAUUCCAAACUUAGAGAAGGACACAAAGAACAGAAGCUUGUGACCAUUCAGAGGGCCACCAGAUCAACCCUCACACACGAUGAUGCAUACUUGAAGUGUCUUCCUAAAACACGCUUCUACCUGGUUCUGGAACUGCAGAAACAGCUGGCACGACUAGGGUAUCUUCAGAGCCGCAGGGAACAGGAGGUGUUCAGGGUCUGGACAGAACAGCACCGAAGCACAUGUCAACUUGAGAAGCAACUACAAGCAAUGGAACACAGCAGUAAUCCCAGCUCAGAUGUUACUCUUGAGAACAUGCUGAAACAGAAGUCUGGGUCUCUACCGAAGCUUCAGAUCACACCUGAUGACUCCAGAGUACAACACAAACAUAUGUCAGUCUCACCAAGAGGGAAUGAAGGAGAGGUGAACACUUUCCAACAACAGGGCAAACAGAGCUGUGGACGGGAAGAAACUGAGCUCAUGUUUCCUGAGGUAAGUGUAAAACCACAGAGGCUCUGAACUCAGUAAGUAACACAGGGAGACAAACACACCUGCAAGCAGUCUCACACACAAACAUACUGUACAUAACCCUCACAUUCACCAACACUUAUAAAGACAAGAGACAGCUCAGUGUAGUUGUGAAUGGUCUACUUUUUGUUUACAUUCCAAAUUCUAUUUUCCAUAUCAAUAACUUUUGUAAAGUCUGAAUAACUAUAUAGCUAUUUCACUAAUUUGCAAUAUAAUCCAUUUUGCUUGGUCUGCUAAUGAAGCAGUCUCUAAUAUUAGUUGCUAGUGCACCUCUUGAAACUGGGGGAAUGAGAUUCACCUGCACAAAAGAGAAGCCAUGAGCCAUGGAUAAGUGGUCUAGUGUGACUAAUGAAGCCAGGGGAGUGUGGGUUACCUUCACAACAAUCCUGUUAUAUUUACGCCUCUAAACCUCACUCUCAUACGGGUCAUGGCACCACUGUAACUGGUUCUGCUUGGGGAAAAAAUUAUUAUUGCCAGCAUGAGACUUUGACACACUAACAAUGGUGCUAAUGACCUCACCUCUUGAGGCAAGGGGAGUGAGGCUUACCCACACAGCUACCUCAUAACACUCGGCCUCCAUUACAUAGCCUAUACAAUAAAAGUUUGAAAACACUUUUGUAAUGCCACGCCAGCAGAGGGGGCCCUCACCUGAGUACUGACUGUUCACCGCUCCCUCUGCUUCUACAAUCAUUUCCUGUUUGUGACUAUUUAACACGAGUCAGCGUGUUCCUACUUUGUGAAGUAUUGCCAGUUUACCUGCCUUACCGAGCGUUUUCCCAUUGACUAUUCUGACUGCCUGUUUGGAUUUACUGCAUGAUUGGACAGAUGUUUGUGUUUGACCUAUUCGCCUGCCUACUCGUCUCUGCCUUUUGGGUUCCCCUUGCCAUUAUGUUACUGACUCUACCUGGUUUAACAACUUUGUCUGUUAAGAUCUUUCUUAAUCUUUCUGUCUGUUAAGAUUAAUAAACUUCCGGUUAUUUUUUUUUGUUUGAAUUCUACCCAGUAAUCUGUCCUUCAAACUUCCCCUUUACCUUAAAGACUGAAGAACUGUCCAUGUGGUUAACAGCAAUGAUUGACUCUGGAUCCACAUUAAAUCUCAUUCAUGAGGAUAUAGUCAGGAAAUUCAACAAUGUAGCCCACCCAUUAAGAUUAAA